UCAAAAUGGCAUUCAAAUUCGCCGUCUUCGCCGCCAUCGUGGCCGUCGCCAACGCCGUCGCCAUCGGCUACCCGGCCCCACUGGGAGCUUACCACGCUCCUCUGGGAGCUUACCCCGCCGUGGCCAAGGUUGCCGCUCCAGUCGUUGCCAAGGUUGCUGACGAUUACGACCCCAACCCGCAGUACAGCUACAGCUACCACAUUGCCGAUGCCCUGACCGGAGACAACAAGGAACAGCAGGAGUCUCGCUCGGGAGAUGUCGUGACUGGAUCCUACUCUCUGGUUGAGCCUGAUGGCACCCGUCGCGUCGUUGAGUACACCGCUGAUCCCGUCAACGGAUUCAACGCCGUCGUCCACCGUGAGCCCCUGGCCGUCAAGGCUGUGGCCCCGAUCGCCAAGUACGCUGCCCCGCUGGCCUACCCCGCCGUCGCCAAGGUUGCUGCCCCGGUCGCUCCCUACGGAUACCCUGCCUACGGCAAGCUUAAAAUGGCAUUCAAAUUCGCCGUCUUCGCCGCCAUCGUGGCCGUCGCCAACGCCGUCGCCAUCGGAUACCCGGCCCCACUGGGAGCCUACCACGCUCCUCUGGGAGCUUACCCCGCUGUGGCUAAGGUUGCCGCUCCUCUGGCUUACCCGGCCGUCGCCAAGGUUGCCGCUCCUUUGGCUGACUACGACCCCAACCCUCAGUACAGCUACAGUUAUGCCGUCUCUGACGCUCUGACCGGAGACAACAAGAACCAGCAGGAGUCUCGCUCGGGAGAUGUCGUGACUGGAUCCUACUCUCUGGUUGAGCCUGAUGGCACCCGUCGCGUCGUUGAGUACACCGCCGAUCCCGUCAACGGAUUCAACGCCGUCGUCCACCGUGAGCCCCUGGCCGUCAAGGCUGUGGCCCCGAUCGCCAAGUACGCUGCCCCGCUGGCUUAUCCCGCCGUCGCCAAGGUUGCUGCCCCGAUCGCUCCCUACGGAUACCCUGCCUAUGGCAAGGCCAUCCUUGGAUAAGUCCUCUAGACUCUAUCCAGAAGUGUGUCUUAUCCCCAGUGUCCAAAUAUCAGGAUAUUGUCCCGGCUUAAGUUAUUAGGCUUCCCAACUUGCAAAUUCUAUCUAUGAUCUAAUAGAUAUCAUUGUACAUAGCAAAUUGUAACAGGCUACUGCGAAAUACCGAUCUGUUCAUAUAACAAACACGUGAUUAGUCGGGUUAUUAUCACCGACGAGUUUAAUGUAAAAAUUAGCCAGAAGGUUGAUAAAAAUAUAAAUACGUUGAAAAACUAUGUUCUCAAGCGUUUGUAAAAAUAUUAUCAUAUGAAGUAUUU